AUGGGCUGCACCAGAAGGCAGGUGGUGGCGGGGGGUGGGGGGGAGCGGGUGCCCAACAUCGGGUGGGUCCGAACGUUCACACCAACUUCACAUCUCCGCCUGGCCGCCACCCCUGACCCCUGCCAUCACCACGGGGUCACCAGCACCUCCAUCACCACCACCCUCGGAGCACCUGCGGUGGCUGGCACGGCAGCAGUGGGUCUGCGGGCACCCGGCGUGAAUGCAAGAGGAGAAAAGUCCCUCUCGGAUCAGGACCUGUGCCCCCAAGAACGUGAGACGGACCCACGCUUUUCCAAUCUGUCCUCAUCCAACGUGGCCCCAGAUAACAUGGACAAGGGGACCGUGCCAUCGGUGACGCUCAUCGUGGGCUGUGGCGUGUCGUCCCUCACCCUGCUCAUGCUGAUCAUCAUCUACGUCUCCGUGUGGAGGUACAUCCGCUCAGAGCGGUCUGUGAUCCUCAUCAACUUCUGCUUUUCCAUCAUCUCCUCCAACGCCCUCAUCCUCAUCGGGCAGACCCAGACCCGCAAUAAGGUGGUGUGCACUCUGGUGGCUGCUUUCCUCCACUUCUUCUUCCUGUCCUCCUUCUGCUGGGUGCUCACCGAGGCCUGGCAGUCCUACAUGGCCGUGACCGGCCGCCUCCGGAACCGCCUCAUCCGCAAGCGUUUCCUCUGCCUGGGCUGGGGGCUCCCUGCGCUGGUCGUGGCCAUUUCUGUGGGAUUCACCAAGGCCAAAGGGUACAGCACCAUGAACUACUGCUGGCUCUCCCUGGAGGGGGGACUGCUGUAUGCCUUCGUGGGACCGGCCGCCGCUGUCGUGCUGGUGAACAUGGUCAUCGGGAUCCUCGUGUUCAACAAGCUCGUCUCCAAAGACGGCAUCACGGACAAGAAGCUGAAGGAGCGGGCAGGGGCGUCGCUGUGGAGCUCCUGCGUGGUGCUGCCGCUGCUGGCGCUGACCUGGAUGUCGGCCGUGCUCGCCGUCACCGACCGCCGCUCCGCCCUCUUCCAGAUCCUGUUCGCCGUCUUCGACUCGCUGGAGGGUUUCGUCAUAGUGAUGGUGCACUGCAUCCUGCGCCGAGAGGUCCAGGACGCCGUGAAGUGUCGCGUGGUGGACCGCCAGGAGGAGGGCAACGGGGACUCGGGGGGCUCCUUCCAGAACGGCCAUGCCCAGCUCAUGACCGACUUCGAGAAGGACGUGGAUCUGGCCUGUAGAUCAGUGCUGAACAAGGACAUCGCAGCCUGCCGCACGGCCACGAUCACGGGCACGCUCAAGCGGCCGUCGCUGCCCGAGGAGGAGAAGCUGAAGCUGGCCCACGCCAAGGCGCCCCCCGCCAACUUCAACAGCCUGCCGGCCAACGUGUCCAAACUGCACCUGCACGGCUCGCCCCGCUGCCCGGGCGGCCCCCUGCCCGACUUCCCCAACCACUCACUGACCCUCAAGAAGGACAGGGCGCCCAAGUCCUCCUUUGCCGGGGACGGGGACAUCUUCAAGAAGCUGGACUCGGAGCUGAGCCGGGCCCAGGAGAAGGCCCUGGACACCAGCUAUGUAAUCCUGCCAACGGCCACAGCCACGCUGCGGCCCAAGCCCCAGGAGGAGCCCAAGCACAGCAUCCACAUCGAUCAGAUGCCCCAGACCCGCCUCAUCCACCUCAACAUGGCACCUGACACGGGCCUCCCCGCCCGCAGCCCACCCUCCCGCCAGCCCCCAGGGGGUGGGCCCCCGGAGGCACCCCCCGCCCAGCCCCCACCGCCCCCGCCCCCACCACCCCCGCCACCCACCCUGGAGCCAGCGCCGCCCAGCCUGGGGGAGCCCGGGGAGCCCGCUGCCCACCCAGGGCCCAGCUCGGGGACCGGGACCAGGAACGAGAAUGUCUCCACCUUGUCCGUGAGCUCCCUGGAGCGGCGGAAGUCGCGGUAUGCAGAACUGGACUUUGAGAAAAUCAUGCACACCCGGAAGCGGCACCAGGACAUGUUCCAGGACCUGAACCGGAAGCUGCAGCACGCGGAGAAGGACAAGGAGGUGCUGGGCCCAGAGAGCAAGCCGGAGAAGCAGCAGACACCGAACAAGCGGCCCUGGGAGAGCCUUCGGAAGGCCCACGGGACGCCCGCGUGGGUGAAGAAGGAGCUGGAGCCGCUGCCGCCCUCACCGCUGGAGCUGCGGAGCGUCGAGUGGGAGAAGUCGGGCGCCACGAUCCCGCUGGUGGGCCAGGACAUCAUCGACCUCCAGACCGAGGUCUGAGCGGGUGGGCGGCGGCCACGCACCGGGCCCCGAGGAGGACAUCCUGCUCCGCCCGCUCCCGCCGCAGGACGGGCACAGACACGCUCCCGGGCUGCGGGCCAGGCCCGCGCCCCGGCCUCAGGGCGCUCGGACGGCGGCCGGGCGGAGGCCCGCGGCGCUGGGACCAGAGCCAGAGGGGACAGGAGGCCCCGGCGGCCCCGGGUGGGCACAGGGCUCCAGAGGCCGGAAGGUGCCUCAGACUCUGCCCUCCUCGAGCCCGGCGCCGGCGGGCAGGCGGGCGGGCGGCCGCGGACAGUGGCGGGGCGGGUGCGGCCAGCAUCCCCAGGACACCUGCCUGAGCUGCCGCGGCAGAGGACCAGCCUGCUUGGCCCAGCUGGCCUGGCACCAUUUUUUAGACACCCCUACCCCUCGGGAAGCAGCCAGCCCCCCCCCCCCGCCUCACCUUUCCAGGGCCCGGGGCCCCUCCCCAGACCCAGGUGGAGAGCCCUCUCUCCCACCUGUGCUGACCCCAGGGGCAGGACUAGAAGCCCACUCCGGGAAGAAGCAGGGGUGGGGAAUCUAUUUUUUCUCUCCUUUUCUUUUCUUCAAUAAAAAGAAUUAAAA